AUGGCCCCAACAACAGCACCAACAGUGGCCCCAACAACAGCACCAACUACUGCCCCAACAACCGCCCCAACGAAUGCACCGAUCCCCGAGUCUGCCGGGUUUUACUCUCCAUGUCCAACCGGAACGUACUGGGAGAUCGGAGCUACAGCUUGUCGAGGACCUAGCUAUGCCGGCGAGUGCUACAAUCCCGCCACGGCCAAGUACCAGAACGGUUGCGCUGCUGGCUUCACGUGCAUCAACAACAAGUGCUCGACAAUUCCACCAGCAACAUUCCCUCCCUCCGUGUGCUAUGUGAAGUGCACCGAGUCGGACGAAUACUGCGAGAAUGGUACCAACUUCUGUCGUGGACCAAACUACGCGGGCGAGUGCUUCAACCCGGCAACUGGGCGCUACCAGAACGGAUGUGGAGCAGGAUACGAGUGUGCCAACAACAUGUGCGUCAGAGCCUAAGCAUCGUCCAGUACACAAGCUGCGGAGAAGUGCUUGUCAACGACCGCACUUACAUUAACAAUAACUGAAUUUCACUAAAUUCAAUGCAUUC